AUGGUGCUCCCUUCCUUCUCCAACCCGGGUGCUGGUCCUGCAGAUGCAGUCGUAGCGGCAUCCCCCACCGCCCCUCUUGACGCUUUUCUCGACAACCAGCCACAAACAUUCUAUGAGAGCAUCUAUAGGUCAGAGGCGGCAUGCCUCUGCAUCUUGAGACUAUUGCCACCGGUCUGUCGACAGAUUGUACUGCACGUCCUCUGGUCGCACCAAACCCUCAAGUCUGCAGACCUCAAGGCGUUUUGCGGCAUGGACGAGCGCCUUGCUCCAGAUGCCGCUGAGGAAGUGAUCCGCCCAGCACGCGACCGUCACAUCUUCCUCUCGCUCAACCACAAGGGCAACAAGUUCCAGUGGCCAUUGAGUGAUACGUUCAAGCGUGGUCUGCGGAAUGCCUUGACAGGACUGGGGACGUCCAACUCUUUUGGCGCGCCGUAUGCCCGUGGACCUAGAGACGAGGUGCCGACCGCUGAAGCGCUGACCGACUAUGGAGAGGAUACAUGGGAGUCGAUUCUCAAGUAUAUGGUAUCCUCAGGCCUGACCAACGGCUACCGCGGCGGCCGGCCGCGCAACUCGGUACUGCUCCUGUUGUACCAGUCGGGCCUCAUGGCCGACCCAUACGACCGUUCAGGACAUAAUCCCAAGCUUGAGGCCCUGACCAUCACGUCAAAGGGCUUCCAGUUCCUGCUCGAGGACCGCCAGACGCAGCUCUGGCAGAUUCUGAUGUACUACCUCGCGGGCAAGCAGGCGCGGGGCGAGAACGCGGCCGACAUCUUGUCGCUCUUCUUCUCGCUUGGCUGCAUGCAGCUCGGGCAGGAUUACUCUGCGUCUGAGAGCUUCCCGCAUAUGGAGAACGUUCUCGACGACUUGGAACAAUACGGCUUUGUCUACCGGACCGAGAUGGGACGCGAGCGCGGCCAGUUCUUCCCCACCCACCUGUCUACGACACUGUGUUCAGGCGAGUCUGGUGCGUCGCGCUCACAGAGUGCCGACGACAAGCGAUUCCUCAUUCUCGAGACAAACUACAAGAUUUACGCGUACACGUCCAACGACCUCGAAAUUGCUAUUCUCAAUCUGUUUGUCAACAUUCGUAUCCGCUACCCGAACCUCGUGGUCGGUCGCCUGGACCGUCGUCACGUCAAGGCCGCGAUGGACAAGGGCAUUGCAGCUGGCCAGAUCAUCUCGUACCUCAACAGCCACGCCCAUCCGCAGAUGUACAACCAUCCGCCGCCCAUCCUCCACCCUUCAGUCACCGACCAGCUUCAUUUGUGGGACAAGGAACGAAACCGUCUCGGCGCCCAAGAAAGUGUCAUGUUCGAGUUCUUCUCCAGGGAAUUGUUCGACGAGACGCGUGACGAGGCGGAACGCAAUGCCGGCCUGCACCUCGCGUUGCCGGCCAAAAAGCUCUUGUUUGUCGACCCCAAUGUGCGUGAGGCAAUCAAGGACUUUAUCAAGGACAAGCAGGUCCAGCUGAGAGGCGGGAUAUGA